AACAAGAUUGCUCCCCUCCCACCUUACAUCUUAAGCUUCUGUAUCCUGACAAAUAAAUCGGUUUGGCAGUGGGCAGCCUUGAUUUUAGUUUUAAAAUUACUAGAAGGAUUUGAUAUCAUAUAUGUAAACAAAAUAGAGUGUCUACAACUCUCAAAAUCUGUGAACAUUGAUUACUUAAAAUACUCCUCCCAUUUUUAAGUAAUGGGUGCACCUGGGUGAGAAAAUGUUGAACCCAUCAAGAUUCAUCACUACCCUUUGUGCUUUUGCUAAGACCUGCUUACCACAUGCCCCUCCAUGAAACUGUCUUGUAGGCGCCUUUGUCUUAUGACACCACAUGAUAGCUUAUUGCCAUGAUGCUGGGACCCUGGCAACAUAUGUUGGUCAUCUGGAUACUUAUUGUUGUCUUGCCCCCUGCUAUAGGAAGGAAUGGGUUAAGUGCACUGAUGAGGUCUCAUUCUCUGCCACUGAUUCGGACCCUGCUGGACCAUGGGUCUCUGAUACCGGGAAUGUCGGUAAAGCAUGAUCUCAGUCUACAGCACCUACGCUUUAUGCUAGCAUUGUACAAGAGGUCAGCGGAUGGUGAUGGAAGGCCGAAGAUCAACAGACCAGGGGGAAGUGCAGUGAGGCUUGUGAGACCUGUCCAUCCAGCAUCCUUUAUUGCAAAGGAGCAGUCACAGAUGCAAAACCUUGAGUUCAACCUUCAUAAUGUAAAAGAGCUGAUGAGAGCAACUGUGAUGCAUCCCUGGGCACUGCGUUUUGGGGAUAAUAAUUACUACUUCUGCAGUGUGGAACUUCUGCCAAGUGCUGGUGCCUACUUGAAGACAAGAGUACCCCCAGGAAUUCAGACGUGGGCUGAGACAGAUAUCACACCUCACAUCAAGCCUCUAGUGGAAAAUUCAAAUCUAACAUUAAACCUUCAACUGAUAUGUAAGCAUAUUGGGAAACCAAUCAGAGUUCCAUUGGCCGUUUCAGCCUCUCACAUCCCUUUCUUGCUUAUUUAUUUCAACCACACUUUUCAUAACCGUGCCAAAGAGAAGACGGUAACUGAAGUUCCAGAGGCUGGUAUGUCAGGCAUACUGGUAAGGAAGCCACGUCAAUCAGGGACUAUUGGCAUUAAGCUUCCAAAGAUUCCCAACCAGAGUGGACAGUCUAAGAAUCAUUGCGCUCUACAUCCUUUCUGGGUUAGCUUUCAUCAGCUUGGAUGGGAUCACUGGAUCAUUGCUCCACAUAGGUACAAUCCUGGAUACUGUAAGGGAGACUGCCCCAGACUGCUUCAUUCAGGGUAUAACUCUCCCAAUCAUGCCAUUAUUCAGAACUUCAUUAAUCUGGUGGUGGACUGGAAUGUCCCACGUCCUUCUUGUGUCCCUUACUCCUACAGUCCAAUCAGUGUUCUUAUGAUAGAACCAGGAGGAAGUAUCCUUUAUAAAGAAUAUGAAAAUAUGAUGGCGGAGUCUUGCACCUGUCGAUAAAGGAAAGGGAUGUUUACCAGUCGCCAAGCCGGAAAAAAAAUAUCAAGCACUUUAUAAAGCCACUUUAACUUAAUCUACUUGGAAAAAUGUAUGUGUAUAUAUAUAUGUGUGUGUGUGUUUGUGACAUGAGCCAAGUUUAUAGAUGUGACUUAUGAACAGGUCUUCCAUGUGGUCAUGUAAACUUAUCCCUUUCUCACCCCAAACUGAAAAUAAAUUCUUUUUUCACUUUUUGUAA